AUGUCAAGACUACGGAAAUUUGACCGCAACAUUCUGUGGAAUGGUGCAAGUGAUACCGAUGAUAACCAAUUGAUGGGACCGCUAGAUACCGAAGAGCAGGAGGAGCUAAUUCAAAAGUUCGAGCUGAGUAAUACAGCGAGGAACAAAGGUUAUGUUAACAUACUCUCGCUAUGCUACAUGAUGUGCUCUGGAGUUUUCCUUAUACUAGCGAGUAAUAAAUCAGGAAAGGAAAAGGUGAUGUUUGCCUUAUGUACUCAAGCAUUGAUCUGUUCCAUGAUAAACGUACGGUACGAAUUACGAAACGAUUUUAUUAUUUUCAGAAAGAUUAAAGUACAUAUUGAAAAUUCUACUUUGCAAAGAACUAACGUGAUAUUAAUCGUACUAAUUGAAUGGAUUGGUUUGGCGCAUUUCGAAGAUCACACCAUGAUAAAGAUUUUUGUCCAACUACCGCUGAUACUAUUUGUUACAGCAAUAUUAAUCAAAAACUGGUCUCGAGAUAUGGCGGAUCAAUUAAAUCAGUUGAGAAAGAUGAAGUACAAAUACAAAAAUGCUUGA